GAUCACAUUUGAAAUAAUAUUGACGAUAUCAAUGAUUCCUUUUAGUCUUAUCCAUAAAGAAUCUUGUGGCUCUGCUCGUGUGUGUGCAUUCUAAUUCCUGGAACCUAAGCAUCUCCACCUCAAAGAGGGGGAAGGAAAACGGGGACCGGGGUUGCAAGGGGGAGUGGAACGAGUGAUAGGUCCAUGGCUCUGCCUCGGGGAACUCUCCCUCCAAAGAACAGGCCAGCUGCUUCUCCUGAGCGAGUGAUCCAUAGUCUCAGACACCUCGUUAAAUUGGUUCAGGUAAAGGAAGUUAGAAGAAGGAGCCUAUUGCCUUUGCUGGUAUCAACAGCCACACUCCCCCAAGGCAACGACUCAAAGAAUGCCCUUCUUCAAGAGUAUCUAAAGAGAUCCAAAGAGAACAAAGCAAGAAAUGACAAAGAGAGACUAGAUGAUUACUACAAGCGGAACUACAAGGAUUACUUUGAAUUCUUUGAAGGUUCGGCGAGAGAGAAAAAAGAGGAGCUGCUUUCUGAAUCUGAAAGGGCCAUCCGUGCGUGGCUUGAGAAGAACAAAAAAUGAUGGGGAGCAGCUGCCCUGGCACUUGAUGUCGAGAGGACAAGCAACCACCAGGUGGUCAUUUUGCAGUUGAAUAAUUUCCUAAUGGUCACAUGAGAAUGCUGUGACUUUAGUUUGACUUUGACCAAGUACUGUCAUAACUUACCUGGAGCAAGUCUUGAAGGAAUAUAACUUUUGUAGCAUGCUCAAGGCUUUCCAUCCAGAAGGCGCAAACAGCUUUUUGCCAAACGUGGAUAUAUGCAACAUCUAUUUCUAUUUACCAUUCACAGAAGAUGGAUUACACCACAGACACAUUUUUAAAGUAAUACUGAGAACUAGAUACUAUUUGGAUC